GUCGAAAUAAGUUUAUUUAUUUAAUUUCUAGUGAUAACUACUGUAUAAUGGCGUUCUUAAUGGAUUAUUGGGAUACAUUAGACAUCGGUCGACCUGAAUUGAAUCAUUCGCAAGGAUUUUUCAGACGAACACAUUCGCUGCACGAAAAGGGCAUUGAAUUUGAGGAUAAAAAGCUUAAAGUACAUCAGAAGUCGUCUCUGGCAAAUGCAGCAGCGACGGCUAAAACUGACGUUCCAAAACAAAACAAAGCUAGCAAUAAGGAGAAUGUCCCGAUAAAUAAACCGGCACAACAGCAGACAAAUCGAGCAAUUCUUGCUGUCUCAAUUGUCAAGAAGUCGAAUCUUCAAAGUCAAGCUCCAUCCAAUAUUGCAACUAAACCAAAUGUAUCAAAGCCAUCAGCUAAGCAACCUGCUAAACAGUCAAAAGCUCCGUUAAAAAAGUCAACAUCCGUAUCGUCAUCAUCGACAAACAUAGCUAAGAAAGAAGAAACCAAGAAAGUACUGACAAAAAGUGUCUCUCACCAGAAAUUGAACACGAAAAUUGAUAAACUUUAUGAACAGGCUGAAAUCCAGAAGAAACGUAAGGAAGUGCUGACUAAGAAGAUUAAGGCAGAAGAAGAAAAGGAAUUAAAAUUCAAAUUUCAAGCAAAACCAGUUCCAAAGUUCGUUAAAACUGCACCAUCUUUACAGGCAAUAAUAACUAAGCAGCAAAUAGCAAAACAAAAUUCUCAUGAAGAAAAGAAGAAAUUGGUCAAGCAGCAAUCAAUGCCGAAUAUAUCGACCAUCCAUAAGAAAUCAUGUCCACAAGCUGGAAAUCGUAUUGUUCCAAGUUGUGGCAAUCCAGAAAGAAUUAAGGCAAUGCAGGAACAUAAGAAGCAAUUGAUUGAAAAGUAUAAACCUGAAAAUGUCAAUUUUAAGGCAAAACCAGCUGCUGUCCUACAGAAACCAAUUUUCCAACCAAAACAUAACUUUAAAGCAUUAGAUGCCAAACCAUUCAAAUUAGUCUUGACACAGCGUAUGAUGCAACGAUCAACUUUUGAUAGACAAUUACAGGAAGCUCUGGUCAUUAAGGAAAAGCAGCAGGAGAUUUUGCAACGACAACAUGACUUGGAAGAGCGUAAAAUUAUUCGACAAAAGACAGAAUUUCGAGCUCGCCCCAAUCCAUUUGGUCGUUAUUAAGUUUAAAGACAUAUCUAUUUACUUUUUAAUUGCUUACAAUAUGUUGCUUUUUUUUACUUUUAUUAUUAACAUAUUACAUAUAAGGAAGUUAAAACAUUAUUAACAGAUUGAAUACUUGGAAAAAUCAUUGAACAUAACGGUUAAAAAAUAUUUGAAUUGGGGGGUACACAACUAUUAAUUUUUGGAUAAAAGAUUAAGUCAAAAUAUAUUUUCAUUUCAUUUAAAUUCAUAAUAUUAAAGGAAAGAGUCAAGAUAAUUAUAUUAACAGCCAUUUAAGUAAACGUUUAAUAUAUCUAGUAUUUCAAGAAAGUCAAAUCAAAUUGUUUUAUAGUGAAAAGAUAGGAAAACGAUAAAAAAAUGGCCUCAAAGUAUGAUCAAAGAUCUUAUGGUUUCGGAGAUUCGUCUCAAAACAGCAAUCAAUGGGGUAAUUUCAAGACACAAGAUGAUUUCGUACCAAAUUUUGGAUUCACUAAAUCAUCCAUUAGAAAUGGUUUUAUUCAAAAGGUUUUCUCAAUUGUCUCGGCUCAAUUGACAUUCACAGUCGCAAUGAUUGCCCUAUUCCAAUUCCAUGAAGGAGCUUUGAGCUUUGCAUACAGAAAUACAUGGAUGCUUAAUGUAGCAAUGUUCUCCACACUCGGACUUAGUCUUUUAAUGGGCUUCUCACCAUCUAUUCGCAGAACAGCACCUUUGAAUUUAAUUGUGCUUGCAAGUUAUACAGUUUGUCAAGGAUUCCUUGUUGCUUUAAUUUCAAGUUUCUACGAAGUCGAAGAAGUUCUUUAUGCUGUUGGACUUACAGCUGCUAUCGUUUUUGGACUUGCUACCUACGCAUCAACAACUAAGGAAGAUUUCACAAUGAAAGGGGGAAUGUUUGCAUCAGCAUUGAUGGCAUUGAUGCUCGGAUCUUUAGUCUCUAUUUUCUACCGCGGGGAAUUCUUCAGUUUCAUGCUUUCAGUCGCUGGAGCUGCAAUCUUCUCAAUGUACAUCAUUUAUGAUCUCCAAUUAAUCAUGGGCGAUAAGUCUCUUUCGAUUUCACCAGAAGAAUACAUUUUUGCCAGCUUAAACCUUUAUGUCGAUAUCAUGAGAAUCUUUUUGGAAUUGCUCAAAAUCCUCCGUUAUUUGAAUGAAAAUUCAAAUCAAAAUCAACGCGAAAAGAAGCGAAGGAAUUAAAUUAUUUAUAUACAUUUUUAUUGUUUUUUUGGGAAGACUUGAUGAUGAAAUGAAAAAGAAUUCUAUUUAGUGUUAAGGAUGUCUUUAUAUAUAUGUUCACAUAACUCAUCACAUGUAAAAUUUUUGGUGUUUAAAUGUAUAAAAAUUCAGAGAAAUAUGGAUUAAUAAAUUUAAUAUUUUGAUGAGAAAAA